AUGGGACGUAAGCCAGCACCGCAGCCGCUGGCCUUGUCGGGGGAGGCGCUCCCAACAAGCGAUCACAGGCUUCCUGAAACCCUCAAGAUCGUCUCCCCAGACGAACCCCCGUUUACGUCUUCGACACGAUCGCCCGCAUCGCCACCGCCUCUCUCGUCUCCGUACCGCCAAGGCCAGGCACAGAACCACACCACUCGGCCUGCUCAACCCCAAUCUCAACCUCCUUCUGUUCCCCAGGCGCAGCCGCAGCAAAAAUACCAGCAGCCUCUCCACGUCGCCGACCUCGUCCAGCAGCCUCUCGACGACAUCGACAGCCCCAGCUAUCCUCCGCUUUCCAACCCAGCCAGCGCGACAGGCUUUGGCUACACACAAGCGCAACAGCUCCCGCAACAGGGCCAGCUGACGUACCAGCAACAGCAGCCGUACGGGUCGCAACAACAACAGCAGCAGCAGCAGCAGCAGCAACAGCCUCACAACAAGAGCCACGGCCGCUACAGACAAAACGACGACAAAGCAUCCAAGUCCUCCAACUUCUUCUUCCACUUUGGCAAGUCGUCAUCCGCUGCCAAAUCGUCUGAAAGACUCGCAUCCAGCAGCACAGCUCCGGUCAACUCCACCACCUCCCAGCAGUUUGCCGACCAACGCAGCGAGGUUGCAUCACGAGGCUACGGGUCCCCGAGCUCGAAACAAACGUUCAAUCGAUCAGAUCACAACGCGCAACUGAGAGCGACCACAUCCAGUGGUCCGACACGCUCCGAGGCGUCGCUUGUCUCGUCGGCAACCGAAGUCGACACUUCCUCCAGUACACCCUCAGGAAAGAAAGGCAAACAGAAAGUCUUCAAUCGCCUUGGCCGGCCCAGAUCAAUCCACGACGACAACAACACACCGCAUCCUCUUAACAGCAACACGAGCAAUACCACUGCCCCCAGUGCGAAUAGUCUGGGUUUCCAACGGGACCCAGGAACCGCCGCUCAAAUGAGAGUGGUCGACCAGCCCGAGCGCGCACACCAACCUACUCCUUCCCUCAAGACGGCGCCUCCCGCCCAGCACGAUCGCAGCUUCCGCGAAAUGAUGUCUUCCUCGCAUCGGAACCACUCGGCCGAUCGGGCGCUGAGUCGCGACGUGCCCAGCAACCGGGACAACCACCAUGGCCACCGUGGCGAUCACUCUCGGGCGCAACCCUCCUCUCUUCGCGACAAUGGCGGCUACACCUUUUUCAACGGCCUUAAGAAUUCGUCGAGAAGCGCAGCAGACAUGAUCAGCAAGGGCCUGUUCGGCAAGAACGGACGCAGUGGAGGCGCACCAGAACAGCCCGUUGUCGACGACGAGCACUAUGUGCUCAAGGUCAUCAACCAGCCUCUGCGAGAGCAGACUCGCUUGACUCGGAUUUCCAAGCGCCUGGAGGAUUCGCGCGACAGAACCGAGUUCUGGAUGCCUGCCUUCCCAUGGCGCGCCAUCGACUACCUGAACUACAAGGGCACGGACGUGGAGGGUCUGUACCGAGUGCCCGGCAGUGGUCCCCAGAUCAAGAAGUGGCAGCGAAAGUUCGAUGAAGAGUACGAUGUCGACCUCUUUACGCAAGAUGACCUGUACGAUAUCAAUAUCAUCGGCUCCAUGCUCAAGGCCUGGUUGCGUGAGCUGCCCGAUGAGCUGUUCCCCAAGGAGGCGCAAGAGCGGAUUGCCCGCGAAUGCGCGGGCGCCGAAACCGUGCCUCAGAUGCUCGUCGACGAGCUCUCGAGCCUGCCACCCUUCAACUACUACCUGCUGUUCGCCAUUACUUGUCAUCUGAGUCUGCUACUGGCCCACUCCGACCGCAACAAGAUGGACUUCCGAAAUCUGUGCAUUUGCUUCCAGCCGUGCAUGAAGAUUGAUGCCUUCUCGUUCAAGUUCCUGGUGUGCGACUGGCGCGACUGCUGGAAGGGCUGUAUCAACGAACCCCAGUACAUUGAAGAGGAGUAUCGGCUCUUUGACAUGCCGCCUCCGCGGGGUAUCGGCACCGUGAACCAUGACGAUGAGGAUAACACGUUUGACGUUGAGAUUGACAAUGUCCAGCGGCCACCACCAGCUGUUGUCGCGGGUGGCGAUGACCGGGCGCCUGACCGGGGAGGCGUAGACCGUCAGGUGUCGUCUUCGGACAGCGGUGCCCAGUAUGGUAACGGCAACGGCUACAGCAACAGCAGCAACAACCACAGCGCAGACAAGCCCCGCUCCAAGAAAAAAAUGGCGACGGCCGAGACAGGCAGUGUAGCGUCGAACGAAACGCUGUCGACGACCCUCACGAUUGAGAGCCAGCGGGUGACCACUCCACCAACACAGUCUGGUGAUCUACGACCGCUUUCGCCUAUCAAGCCACUCUCGCCUCUGGGCUUCUAA